AUGAUAAAACAUUAAUAUCUUGAUGGAACUGAUUAUGAAGGAUAAUAGUAUUAAGAUUUGAUGAAUGGAAAAAGUGAAUCAUUUUAUUGGAUUGAAGAAUAUUAUAUAAAGUAUACUAUUUAACAUGGAAAAUAUCAUAACUACUAACAUGAGUUUUAAUUCCAAAUCAAAUAUUUCUCAAAAUUAUAAUUUUAAGGAUCUAAGAAAUAUUGA